AUGGGUGACUGGAGUUUCUUGGGCAACAUCCUUGAGGAAGUUAAUGAGCACUCGACGGUUAUCGGCAGGGUGUGGCUGACUGUGCUCUUCAUCUUUCGCAUUCUGAUCCUCGGCACUGCAGCAGAGUUUGUAUGGGGAGAUGAGCAGUCGGACUAUGUCUGCAACACUCAGCAACCCGGUUGUGAGAACGUCUGCUACGAUGAGGCCUUCCCCAUUUCACACAUACGACUGUGGGUUCUGCAGAUCAUCUUCGUCUCCACGCCAUCACUGGUCUAUGUGGGCCAUGCCGUGCACCAUGUUCACAUGGAGGAAAAACGUAAAGAACGCGAGGAGGCAGAGCUAAAUCGCCAACAGGAGACUAAUAAUGAGCGGCUGCCGGUUGCCCCUGACCAGGGAAGUGUCCGUACAACCAAAGAGACCAGCACCAAGGGAAGCAAGAAGUUUCGCUUGGAAGGCACACUGCUCAGAACCUACAUCUGCCACAUCAUCUUCAAGACGUUCUUUGAGGUAGGGUUUGUCGUGGGCCAAUAUUUCUUGUAUGGCUUUCGAAUCCUGCCUCUGUAUAAGUGCAGCCGCUGGCCCUGUCCUAACACAGUUGACUGCUUUGUGUCCAGACCAACUGAAAAGACUGUUUUCAUUAUCUUUAUGUUAGCCGUGGCCUGUGUAUCGCUUUUCCUUAACUUUGUAGAGAUCAGCCACCUGGGCCUCAAGAAGAUUCACUUUGCAUUCACAAAACCAGCCCAGCCCCAAAUCGAGGGAUCUGGUGUGGGUGAGAAACCUUCCAUAGCUGUGUCCUCUAUUCAGAAAGCCAAGGGCUACAAGUUAUUGGAUGAGGACAAAACUGUUUCACACUUCUUUCCCCUGACAGAGAUGGCUAGCAUUGAGGCUGGGUGUGUGCCCACAUCCUAUAAACCAUUUGGGCAAAAAACAGCUGGAGCGACAGCACCACGGGAAGACGUGUCGAAGAUGUAUGAUGAGACGUUGCCCACUUAUGUCCAGACUACCAUGGUGGGACCGAGAGGAGCCACAGGUGUUAUUCGGCUGGAUGAAGAAGUGAUACCUGCAGAAGAAGAUGUGGAAGCCAGUGAGACAAUAGAGGACACCAGACCCCUCAGUAGCCUGAGCAAGGCCAGCAGCCGGGCAAGGUCAGAUGACCUGACAGUAUAAAAUUGAAUUCAAAUUCAACAAUAGGGAAAUACAAUUCUGUGUUCGAGGGCCUUAAGACAGUUGUAAUGGUAU